GACAGUCCAAGUCCAAUAAUCUACAAUACGCAGGGACAGGGACAGGGACCUCGGAAGGCAACCAAGCGCGUCGUCGACGCCUGCAAUGGCGCCCCCCUUCCCUCGCAGGCACAGCAGUCAGCAGGCGUUCCAUCCAGCGUGCAUGCGUCACUCUCCCCGCCCUGCUUCCUGCUCUCUCUCUCUCUCUCUCGCUUGCUUGGAUCGCCCGCCCAGUCCCCAGGCGGUGGCUGGCAGCAGCCAGCCAGCCAGCAAGACCACCAAAGUAACCCAACGACAACGAGAGAGGCAGCCGAGGCAAUUUAAUGCGUGUUCCCCCACACAUACCCUCCUCUCUUCUCCCCGUCCCUCUCUAGCUACUACUACUACUAUUCUGUAGAUUGAUACAGAUAGCGGCGCUCUUCUCGCUUCGCCUCGCUGCCAAUCUCGUCGCCGAUCCCCGGGUCCGGCGCCGCCACGAGCUUCCAGAUCCACCGCCCGGGCAAUGCUGUAGCGCCUCGCGCCGAGAUGGGCGGCGUCGGCGCCGCCUCGCUUGCCCUGCUGCCGCUCCCCCUCCUCCUCCUCCUGCUCGUCCGCGCGGAGGCCUCCGCUCUCCACGGAACUAUAUUGCCUAACCCAGCACCGAGUCCAUCUAGCCCCCCUGAAGCGAGAUCGUUUGGACCUCGAAUUUCCCCUUCAUAUCCUCCAAGGGCACUGUCUCCAGGAUCUCCUGACAUUGAUGUGCGCUCUCAUUCGCACAAGCCCCCACACCAUAGAGAGUCAAAUCAGGGCCCUUCACCAUCCUCAGCAGAAGGUUGUUCUAGUUAUAUAUGCACUGAACCACUGACUGCAACACCAAUUGGUUCCCCUUGUGGCUGUGUCGAGCCUAUUAGUGUUAUCGUUGAUCUGGACUUAGCUCCUUACCUACUGUUCAUGAGCAUAGCUGAGUUAGAAGUUGAAGUUGCAGCUGGGACAUUUCUUAAACAAAGCCAAGUGAAGAUCAUGGCUGCAGUUGCAAGUAUCCAGGAUGACCAGAAGACACGGGUGACCAUUUAUUUGGUGCCACUAAGAGAAGAGUUUGAUACUUAUACGGCAUCCCUAAUAUCUGAUAGGUUCAGGGAUAAAAAGGUCCAGAUAAAUUCAUCUAUAUUUGGAGAUUAUAAAGUUAUCAAUGUCAGCUAUCAUGGAUUGCAAUCCCCACCAUCAUCUGUGCCUGGAGGAUCGGAUCCUUCAGGAACCGAAGAUCCUAUAACUGCAGAGGUGCCUGAUCAGAUGAAAAAGCACAAGAAAUCAGAUAUUUUGAUCGUCGUGGUAGCGUUAGGGUCUUCUCUUGGACUUCUGUUGACAUGUGCUGUUGUCCUGAUCUUACUAGUAAGAUGGAAGAAACUUGGACGGCUUCAUGAGGAUAUGAACCCUGCAACUACCCCAACAGUUAAUAGAAGAUACGGUGCUAGAUCAACUUUGUCAACCGGCAUGGUGAGCUCUGCGUCAGCAUCAGCGUUUUCAACAGUGGCUACUUGCACAACAUCUGUAAAGACAUUUUCACUAGGCCAACUUCAGAAGGCCACAGAUGGUUUUGAUUCGAGAAGAGUUUUGGGUCAAGGUGGCUUUGGGUGUGUCUACCAUGGGACAAUAGAGGAUGGAAACGAAAUUGCUGUUAAAUUGCUUACAAGGGAGGACAGGAGUGGUGACCGUGAGUUUAUUGCGGAGGUGGAAAUGCUCAGUCGACUGCACCACCGUAAUCUUGUCAAAUUGAUUGGUAUUUGCGUUGAUCGGAGCAAAAGAUGUCUUGUGUAUGAGCUCAUACGCAACGGAAGUGUGGAAUCUCAUCUUCAUGGCGCUGACAAGGCUAAGGGUAAGCUGAACUGGGAUGUUAGGAUGAAAAUUGCUCUUGGGGCUGCUCGAGGCUUAGCAUACCUGCAUGAAGAUUCAAACCCUCAUGUCAUACACCGUGACUUCAAGGCCAGCAAUAUCUUGUUAGAGGAAGAUUUCACUCCCAAAGUUACUGAUUUUGGUUUAGCAAGGGAAGCAUCCAAUGCAACUCAACCUAUAUCUACCAGGGUAAUGGGCACUUUCGGUUAUGUUGCUCCAGAAUAUGCAAUGACGGGUCAUCUUCUUGUGAAGAGCGACGUCUACAGUUACGGGGUUGUCUUGCUGGAACUUCUAUCAGGAAGGAAGCCCGUAAGCAUCUCCGAGUCGAAGGAUCCCGAGAACCUUGUGACCUGGGCCCGUCCUCUGCUAAGCCACAAGGAGGGCCUGGAGAAGUUGAUCGACCCUUCUCUGGAAGGGAACUUCAACUUCGACAACGUGGCUAAGGUGGCGUCCAUCGCUUCCAUGUGCGUGCACGCGGACCCAUCGCAGAGGCCGUUCAUGGGCGAAGCCGUCCAGGCACUGAAGCUCAUCUACAGUGAUCCGGACGAGGCCUGCGACGAUUCCUACAGCCCGAGGAACUCAUCCGACCAAGACGGUGGCUACGACGGAGACCUGGUCUUCGGGAGCGGGAGCUGGGGGUUUGGGGCCUCUGGCUCUGGGUGCCUGGACUACCGGAACUCCCUGCCGUUUGUUACCAUGGACUACAGUUCCGGCCGAAUAGAAGGGCCGCGCGACCCUCGCGCGGCGUUGUCGGCGGGCUCCCAUGCCCAGCCACCGGUGCUGCAGAAUAGAUCAGGCCCCUUGCGGGUGAAGAAGAAGCUGGCCGCCUCCUACCGCUCUAGAGGCAGUGUUAGCGAGCAUGGGCACCUGCCGCGCCAUUGAUCAGUAGUAGCCAAUGAAGUAGUGUUAGGCCGCUACCUUCCGGUUUGACCUUGGAGGCUGCGGUGGGGUUUGUCAUCACCUCUCGAUGAUUCGUGCCUCGUGCUAGUUAGUGUACAGUUAGUUCGUGGUGACCCUUGGACAUGCAUGCAUGCCUGCCUGCCUUGGGUGUAGGUGUUUUUUUCUUUCUUAUUCUUCUUGUUUGCCUUCUGCUUCUUCCCCGGAAGCAAUGAGGAUGGGGUUGGCAGAUGCUGUCUAAUUUUCGCAAAAAUGCGGCUCAUGCAUCUGAUUGGUGUAAUCUGGUUUAGGGCUUUGACGGAAUUCUGGACAUCAUGUUGUUGUGGCUAGGUUGUUGUAUUGGAUGCAGUUCGUCACUAACAAGCGUUAGGGCCUGUUCGUUUCGCAUGGAACGAAGGAGUGGAAUAAAUCUAGCUUGUAUUCGUUUAAUAAUUA